UCUCGUUUAUCAAGUUAAAAUUUAUUUAAAAAUUUUGCUCGUUUUGCAAAACACUCACACACCAAGUUACUCGCAAUCCAAGGUUUUACUGUACUCCAUAUAUAGGAAUUUUUAAAAACAUGUCUCUCUGUAACAUUGCUACUGAACCCUAAUGAUUGAAUUGGUCCAUCGAAUCUCUGGGGGUUCAGAGUAUCUGAAUUGGUUUUCCUGCAUGCUGGACGCAUAUUAAAGUCUUUAAAUCCUCAACGUCUCCCGAUCUGAAAGGUUCUGAGGUACCUUCACUCCCCCCCCACUGCUCAAUCGUCUUUAUCAUCUCUGGCUCAAGCCCAGCUUCGACGUAUUUGGACAGAGUGUCGGAAUGCGUGGCUGCCAUGCGUUAUCAGCAGGCAUAUGAGUGAGUGAGAGAGAGAGAGACCCCAGAGUGCUCUCCUGCACUGCCAAUGGUCUGUGACUGUGAAGUGAAUACAGGAGAGCAGGCAGCUGCCAGACGCUGCACAGGGUGAGAGUCCAGUUUCCUACAGUGUCUGUGUACACAGCUGAACCUUCAGAUGUUGUGUUGGAUCUCCUCAAAAGCCAUGUGCUACCCUCAGGACACCUCUGAUUUGUUUGAAAUGAUUGAAAAGAUGCAGAGCAGUAGGAUGGAUGAGCAGAGAAGUGUCCUUCCACCCCCCUUGAAGACGGAAGAAGACUACAUCCCAUACCCUAGUGUACAUGAGGUCCUGGGACGCAAUAGUCCCUACCCACUUAUCCUCCUACCCCAGUUUGGGGGUUAUUGGAUCGAAGGGACUAACCAUGAGCUGAACAGCACCCAGGAUGCAGAUCUUCAACCACUGUCCACCUCUCACAUCCGCCUCGAAUGUAACACUGUGGCCAAGCUCUACAGGAAGCAUUUUUUGGGAAAGGAGCAUUUCAACUUCUACUCAAUGGACAGCGCUCUAGGGCACCUCGUCUUCUCGGUGAAAUACGAUGUGAUUGGCGAUCAGGAGCACCUGCGCCUCCUCCUACGGACCAAGUUUAAGACGUACCAUGAUGUCAUACCCAUCUCCUGCCUCACAGAAUUCCCCAAUGUGGUGCAGAUGGCCAAGCUCGUCUGUGAAGAGGUCAAUGUGGAUCGCUUUUACCCAGUCAUCUACCCCAAGGCCUCUCGGCUCAUUGUGACCUUUGAUGAGCAUGUGAUCAGCAACAACUUCAAGUUUGGAGUCAUCUACCAGAAGUUUGGCCAGACCACAGAAGAAGAACUCUUUGGGAACAAUGAAGAAAGCCCAGCCUUUGUGGAGUUCCUGGAGUUCCUGGGGCAGAAGAUUGAACUGCAUGACUUCAAAGGUUUCCGCGGGGGUCUAGAUGUGACUCAUGGGCAGACUGGCACAGAAUCUGUCUACUGCAACUUCCGAAACAAGGAGAUCAUGUUUCAUGUCUCGACAAAGCUGCCGUAUACAGAGGGAGAUACCCAGCAGCUCCAGAGAAAACGGCACAUAGGAAAUGACAUUGUGGCAAUAGUCUUUCAGGAUGAAAGUACACCAUUUGUACCCGACAUGAUCGCUUCAAACUUUCUUCACGCUUAUGUGGUGGUCCAGGUGGAGAACCCUUGCUCUGACAACAUUUGCUAUAAGGUAUCGGUAACAGCAAGAGACGAUGUGCCUUUUUUUGGACCUGCUUUACCAAACCCUGCUGUUUUCAAGAAGGGCAGCGACUUUCAUGAUUUCUUGCUGACAAAACUUAUAAAUGCAGAGUAUGCCUGCUACAAAGCGGACAAGUUUGCCAAACUUGAGGAGCGUACCCGUACUGCCCUGCUUGAGACACUCUAUGAGGAGCUGCACAUCAACAGCCAGUCGAUGAUGGGAAUGGGUGGAGAAGAUGACAAGAUGGAGAACGGUGCAGGAGGGGGAGGGGGAUUUUUUGAAUCAUUCAAGAGGGUCAUCCGCAGUAGAAGCCAAUCUAUGGACGCCAUGGGCCUCAGUAACAAGAAGCAAAACACGGUUUCUACUAGUCACAGCGGGAGCUUUACCCACAAUCCUCCAGAGACCCCCAAAACCCCUGGGAUAUCAUUGCUUGUGCCAGGGAAAAAUUCCAGUAAAUAUGGACGUCGUGGCAGCGCCAUAGGGAUAGGAACCAUAGAAGAGUCAUUGAUCAUCCCAGGGAAGAGCCCCACGAGGAAAAAGUCUGGACCAUUCAGCUCCCGGCGAAGCAGUGCCAUCGGAAUUGAGAAUAUCCAGGAGGUACAGGAGAGAAGCAGGGAGUGUUCUCCAAGUGCCCCAAAACACCCAGACAGUGGUCAUGUGUCCCAGGAGCCAAAGUCAGACAACUCAUCCAAUCAGAGUUCACCAGAGAUGCCCACCACCAAGAACAGCUAUUCUGUGUAUUGCAGGGCCGCCUCUAUCCCUGAAGACCAGGACUUGUCGCGCUCCUCAUCCAAUGCCAGCAGUUUUGCCAGUGUAGUGGAAGAGAAUGAGACCCUGGAGGACUAUGACACUGGCAUGGAAAGUCUGUCAUCUGCUGGAACGCCACACAAGAGGGACUCCUUUACCUACAGCACCUGGUUAGAAGAUGGCACAGCCAAUGCAGGAGGAGGAGGAGGCAGCUCAGCAGCUCCAGCCGUGCGAGCCCACCAUCAGGAGUCCGUGAAGCCAGAGGUCCAAAUCAAGUUGGAGAAGCCGCAAGAACAGAAGCAGCCACAAAACUGCUAGCCUCUUCCAUUUGGUCGCUUUAUGGAUGUUCAUCAGCAACGGCAGCAUUUCCAUAUGAAACCCACAAUCGAGGAGCUGAGGCAGAAGAUGAUGUGUACAGCAGGACGAGGAGAGAUUUGAUGAGUCUUCACGCAUCACAAGAAAGGCUUCGCACUGGGAUGACAGAACCUCAUACCACCGAGAAAGUGACAGGCAUCGUGCUUGCACAUUUUUGACAUCUUAUGGGGUUGUUAGGUUGUAGAAUGUCUUGACACACUCGGCUGUGACCUAUCAUAGCCAGCAGAAUGGACAUAGCUACCCCAGUGUGUAUUAAAGGUUUAACGGGCCAAAACUGAGGAGACAGGUACCAGCAAGUAAGUUAAGUGAAGGGUGUCAUCACGGGGGUGUUUCACCAUAUAGAGUACUAAAGCAGAGGAGUCUUGGUGUGCCAAAGGGAUGUCUGCUUGGCAGCUGGACGAUAACAUCUCCUCGAGGUUGAAUUGGCUGGCAGCCACAUUACUUGCAUCCUUAGUCUUGUCUGCCAUAAUACAUCUGGCUGUGAUCUUCAACAGAUACACAUUUCACUCACAUUUCCCAUAUUAUACCACUGUGAUCUUCACAAACUCACAAACUGUCCUUUUAACUCACUUCAGUCCCUACUUUCCCAUAAUGCAUUUGUCAUUAUUUUCACACUCCCGAUAACUGAUUUUAUUAUUCUGCUUACAUAUUUCACUUUUGUUUCCCAUGUAUAGUGUAGCCAGGCAUGGACCUUAAUUUCAAGUCUAAGUGGCCACCAUAUUAGUAAGUGCAAACCUCAGACUUGGCUCUUGAGUCCCCUAAACAGGGAAGAACAUGCCUUUCCCUAAUAAUUCCCCCAUUUUCCAUGCUCCAAUUAUGAUUGUCAACCCAUGUGCAGCCAUGUACAAUACUAACAUCUCAACUUAGACUGAGACCUCCCAAAAUUUGUUAGAAACCACCCUACCCAUUUUCUGUAUACACUAAUAAAGAAAAUAACCAAAGGGAUGCUUGGUGUACAACUGUCUCCUCCAUUCUCAGUGAGGUUGCCAAAUUAGGAAAAUACACGGACAGUCAUUUAAGAAGUUGAAAGUGUGCUACCACCGUGUAAAUGCUUAUGUCUAGCAUGUGAAUGAGAGAAUCAGCCCAUCCAUAACCCCAGUGUUACAGUACAUGGUAAAUUCAUUCAAGGUUUUAUAUUAAAAGAUGUUCUCCUGAUACCGCAACUCAAGUAUGACUUCUUUCUUUUUGUGGUUUGUGGUGUCCCAGAGACCUCUGCUGGGCUCUUUUUACUGUUUAUGAGCCUCUCAGGACUUGGAUCCCCCUAGUAUUGAGUUGUUGACACCAUGACAAUUUAUGCUAUAUAUAUUUAAUUUUACAUGUAAUCUAUUUGCUCUCACACCUUGUAUUACCAAUAACGAACCUAUUAUUAUUAUUAUACAAAUCAAUUAAGUCUGCAAUCAUGACCACAGAAAAGGGUUGGGAAACUCUUGAGCUCCAGCUUAUUUCAUUUAAAGCACAAAAUAUGCAGUUAUGUGAAUUGCCUGUAGGCACUUUGUAUGCUCUUACCCACUUGUUAAGGAUCAGCUUUCUUUCCCACUUGCAGUUUAUCCUCAACUGGCCACAUUACCUGUCACAGAAUAAUUUUGAUAUGUGUGUCUGAACCUCUCUUGACCGGCACUCCCUCUUUUGAGCUUGUUCUCGUAAAGCCUACUUCUCAGACUCUUGUCAUUUCAUGGUGCUUUGUUCACCUCCUGUUUGUUUUUGUACUUCCCAUCUUUGAAGGCGACUCUUAGUGUGCCUCCUAUGCCUUUACUCCACCUCACGUGUCUCACACUCACUUUCGAUUGUGUCCCCAAAGUCAAACUGACCAGUCAGAUUGCUCAGAGGGACAGAACACACAAAAUAGACCUUAGCUUUUAAUGAUAUAGGAGAUACCCCCCAAAAUUAUCACACUGAAGUUGAAUUUAUCCAGGACGCCUCCAGUUAUUGAUGGACUUUUGAGUGGAGCCAGUUUAAUUAUUUUAGUAGACCCCUCACAGGUUAUCACACUGCAGUUGAAUUUGUCCAGGACCCCCCAUUACUGAUUGACCUUUGAGUGGAGCCAGUUUAAUUAUUUUAGUAGACCCCUCACAGGUUAUCACACUGCAGUAGAAUUUGUCCAGGACCCCCCAGUUACUUUUGGACAUUUGUGUGGAGCCAGUUUAAUUAUUUUAGUAGGUCCCUUACAGGUUAUCACAAUGCAGUUGAAUUUGUCCAGGACCCCCCAUUACUGAUGGACCUUUGAGUGGAGCCAGUUUAAUUAUUUUAGUAGACCCCUCACAGGUUAUUACACUGCAGUUGUAUUUGUCCAGGACCCCCCAUUUACUGAUGGACCUUUGAGUGGAACCAGUUUAAUUAUUUUAGGAGACCCCUCACAGGUUAUCACACUGCAAUUGAAUUUGUCCUGGACCCCCCAGUUACUCACGGACCUUUGUGUGGAGCCAGUUUAAUUAUUUUAGUAGACCCCUCACAAGUUAUCACACUGCAGUUGUAUUUGUCCAGGACCCCCCAUUUACUGAUGGACCUUUGAGUGGAGCCAGUUUAAUUAUUUUAGUAGACACCUCACAG